CUUAUGUUCAUAACUUAAGGAUCGGUUUAAACCAAAAUAUAAGCUUCUGACGUUUUCAUUCUUCCAAAUCAGUAACUCCCACUCUCUUCUUUCAUCUCCCACGCCCUGUUUUUCCGGUAAGAAAAUGGCGUUACAGAAAUCAUUCCGAGAAAAAACAAACUCAGGAGUUAAAGAGUGAAGAAGUGAUGAAUGAUGACACUAACAAACAAGGUUGCAUGUAACGUUGAAGCGACAAAUGUAAGAAGAACGCAGAAUCCCCAAAUCCCGAACAAACCAAAACACCAUGCAACUCCUCAAAACCCCUCUCUCAUUCAUUUCUUCAUUCACUCUUCUCUCCGCUCUCAAUCAUGUCCAUUUACGCUCUCAAAUUCCAAACUCACAACUUCAUUCGCUCCAUGUUGGACGAUGGACUCGUCAACGAGCAAUUCGUUUACCAUGAAACUGCGAGGUUACAUCCUCUUCGCCGCGACGCUCUCCUACGAGCGGUCACCACCUACUGUCUCGCCUCCAAAGGCCUAUUUUCUGCUAUCACUAUCCUGCUUGAACAGCAGCAGGUUGAUUUUGAAAGAGUUACUGAUCUUGCUCGGGGUUUAUAUACCAGAUCGAGCAGUAUUGGUGCAGAGCGUGUAAAACAUGCAUGUGCUGAACUUAUUCAAGCAUCUGAGAGGAAAGACAAGGAUAAUUGCUCCCUGUCUUUAUAUUGGACCAAGAACAGAUUUUCAUGUUUGAGGGACAAAUUUGAAACCCUUGUGAAGAUGGAGAGGUCUAUUCUCGACCUUGAGAAUGGUCAGUGAGAAGAAUGGAUCCUUUUGAUAUCUACGGCAGAAGCAUAUCUGGUUGAAAUUUCUGAUGACAUGCCUUGUUUACUUUUGGCAUUGCAUAAUAAUUCCUUGGUUGCUAUCUGAAACUACUUUCAGUUGAAAAUGUCCUGAUACAGAGUGAUAUUCUGAAAGUUGAUUUCUUUAAGCUGGUUUCCCUAGCCGUGGAAUGGAGGAAAAGAGUGCAAGGGUAGGUUAACCUAAGAAUCACUCGAAUCCAUCCAUGUUUCAAAAUUUCUCUCCUGCACAGAAGUGCACAUGCAUACACCCUUGCUUGGAGAUUUUCAGGUAUGAUCACAUCACACCAUAUUACAAACCAGCUUUCUUUAGAAGAAAAAAGUGUUUCUUCAAACAAAAGAAAAGUAAGAGGAAAGCGCAGGACUUGGUAAAUGUAUUAUUUUUUUUUAGCAUACUUUGUAGACAUCUUUUCAACUGUUUAAUAUGAUACGGCUGGACACCAAUGUAGGCCUGCCGAUUUUAUCACUAUAUUUAUGUAUGGAUGUUUAUACUCUAGAAAAACCAAUUCUAAAUUCUAAUAAUAAAGCAUAGACGCACUGAAGCUCCUUGUUCGAAUUUCUUA